GCGAUCAAGCUCCUGUGCGCGCGGGCUCUCUCAGAGGCUCAAACCCUCCUCCUCCUCCUCCUCUAAAGAUGUCGCAUGAGCGUCUCUCAACGCGGCGUUUCUUUUCUUUUUUUCUUUUCUUUUUCUCCCAGUGUCCUUAACGGUUAACCGAAUUCGGUCAAAUUAGCAGCUCUCUCCACCGGGAGCAGCUAGACUUGGUCCAGGCGCGCGGACAGCCCCCCCUCCCUCCCCACAACUGAGGUGUUUAAACCCUCAACCCGGCGCAUCCUCACUCUCUCUCUCGGGCUCUCUCUCUCUCUCUCUCUCUCUCUCUCUCCCCUCAACCGCCGCAGAACUCCGCCGACCGACCGUCAGGUGACCGCGCGGAGCGGAAUAUUCAUCAGCACCGUCGUCGUCUUUCAUCCCUCCACUCCUUCGGACUCCAGGAGCUGCCGCAGCCCCGGUCCCCCCCCCUGUCUCCUCUCAUCCGGUUUGGGACAUUCUCCGCUCCACGCACACGCAGAUUAACGGGGAUUCUGCCUCCCCGCCCGCGCGCUGAUGCUGAUGUCCUUGAGCUCGGCCUGCACGGUCCUGGUGGUGCAGCAAUAGCUACCUCUGAACUGGAUCCACUUCCUGUCUCUGAUUCAUCAGCCGCCUUUGCCCCGCUCGCCCCUCUCUCCAUCCUUCAAUCAUCCCUCCAUCCCCGUCUGUACGUCUGUCAGCCCGUCUGUCCGUCCGUCCGUCCGUCCGUCCAUGGACUGGCCGUGACCCUGGAGGGAGGGGGACAGAAACAAGGAAAGAGCGGAGUCGCAGAGGAGACGAAGGAAAAGAAAGCUGGAUUCAUUCAGAUAUCACGCUUCUGAAGUGCCCCUGCUCGCUGUCCUUGAUCCCCCUCAACCUCCUCCUCCUGUUAUGGAGAAUUAAAGGAGCAGUGGGAGGCUAGGCCGAGAUAGUGAGGAGAAACAAACAAACAACAAACGCCCCUUUGAUGCCCCUAAACUAAAUUUUUUAAAAGGUUUUAAGUGUAUCAACAUAUUAGCAAAUUUUUUACAUGAUCAACCUUCCACCAAACAAACGAAAGUGGAACUGAGUUGAGGACAGGAGAGAAGGGAGGACCAAAACAGACAAAAAACCUUACUGACAUGUCAACAACAGCCACGAUGGGUGAAAUGGCAAACAGUGCUGUGGAGUUUUAUCCCAAAGGGACUCGAGCCGGGAGCGGAGGAGGAGGAAGGGCAGAUGGCAGCCAUGCAGGGGGGGACUUCGGGGUCACGGUGGAGGAGCUCAGGGAGCUGAUGGAGCUCCGAGGGGCCGACGCCCUGCAGAAGAUCCAGGACAGCUACGGAGACACAGAGGGGCUCUGUCAAAGACUACAGUCCAGCACCACUGAUGGUCUCAGUGGGGACCCGGCAGACAUGGAGCGUCGGUACCAAACGUUCGGCCAUAACUUCAUCCCCCCGAAGAAGGCCAAGACUUUCCUGGAGCUCGUGUGGGAGGCCUUACAGGACGUCACUCUCAUCAUCUUGGAGGCCGCCGCCAUCAUCUCCCUCGGCCUGUCUUUCUACCAGCCUCCAGGAGGGGACUCCGAAUCAUGUGGGAACGUGGCGGUGGGAGGAGAGGAUGAAGGCGAGGGCGACACCGGCUGGAUUGAGGGUGCGGCCAUCCUGCUGUCUGUCGUGUGUGUCGUCCUGGUGACGGCGUUUAACGACUGGUCCAAAGAGAAGCAGUUCCGGGGUCUACAGAGUCGGAUUGAACAAGAACAGAAGUUCACUGUCGUGCGGAAAGGAAAUGUCAUCCAGAUCCCCGUGUCUGACAUGGUGGUGGGGGACAUGGCCCAGGUCAAAUAUGGGGACCUUCUGCCAGCUGAUGGUAUCUUGGUCCAAGGCAACGACCUGAAGAUAGAUGAGAGCUCUCUUACAGGAGAGUCUGACCACGUACGCAAGUCUGUGGAUAAGGACCCCAUGCUGCUCUCAGGUACCCAUGUGAUGGAGGGCUCAGGCAGGAUGCUGGUGACAGCUGUGGGUGUCAACUCGCAGACGGGCAUCAUCUUCACCCUGCUGGGUGCUGGAGAGAUGGAGGAAGAUGGGAAGGAGAAGAAAGGAAAACAACCUGAUGGAGCUGUGGAGAACAAUCAGAACAAAGCCAAGAAGCAGGACGGGGGUGUUGCCAUGGAGAUGCAGCCCCUGAAGAGUGCAGAGGGAGGGGAGGUAGAGGACAGAGAGAAGAAGAAGACCAGCGUUCCCAAGAAAGAGAAGAGUGUGUUGCAGGGCAAGCUCACCAAACUGGCUGUUCAGAUUGGCAAAGCGGGUUUGGUGAUGUCAGCCAUCACCGUCAUCAUUCUGGUGCUGUACUUUGUCAUCAACACGUUUGUCGUUGAAGGUCGCACGUGGUUGACAGAGUGCACUCCGAUUUACGUCCAGUACUUUGUCAAGUUCUUCAUCAUUGGAGUCACUGUGCUGGUAGUGGCUGUCCCAGAGGGCUUACCUCUCGCCGUCACCAUCUCUCUGGCUUACUCCGUCAAGAAAAUGAUGAAGGACAACAACCUUGUGCGCCACCUGGAUGCGUGCGAGACAAUGGGCAACGCCACGGCCAUCUGUUCCGACAAGACUGGAACCCUCACCACCAACCGCAUGACUGUGGUGCAGAGUUUCAUAGGUGAUGUGCACCACCGUGUGGUCCCGGACCCUGGACAGAUCAACCCCCGGACACUGGAUCUAUUAGUCAAUGCUAUCGCCAUCAACAGCGCCUACACCUCCAAGAUCUUACCGCCUGAUGUGGAGGGGGGUCUGGCUAAGCAGGUGGGCAACAAGACUGAGUGUGGGCUGCUGGGAUUUGUAUUAGACCUACAGCAGGACUACGCCCCUGUCAGAGAGCAGGUCCCUGAGGAGAGUCUGUACAAGGUGUACACGUUCAACUCGGUGCGUAAAUCCAUGAGCACAGUGAUCAAGCUGCCUGACGGUUCCUUCCGCCUCUACAGCAAAGGAGCCUCUGAGAUCUUGCUGAAGAAGUGUUCCUACAUCCAAGAUGCAAAUGGAGAACCACGCACUUUCCGCCCACGUGACAGAGAUGAGAUGGUCAAACAGGUGAUUGAACCAAUGGCGUGUGAAGGGUUGAGGACCAUCUGCAUUGCAUACCGUGACCUGCCGUGUAAUCCGGAGCCAGACUGGGAAAACGAGGCAGAAAUAGUGACAGAGCUGACCUGCAUCUCUGUGGUCGGGAUAGAGGACCCUGUGCGACCUGAGGUGCCUGAUGCCAUCCGUAAGUGUCAGCGUGCAGGCAUCACGGUGCGGAUGGUGACUGGUGAUAACAUUAACACAGCCAGGGCCAUUGCUGCUAAAUGUGGCAUCAUCCACCCUGGAGAUGACUUUAUCUGUAUAGAUGGCAAGGAAUUCAACCGACGAAUCAGAAACGAGAAAGGAGAGAUCGAACAGGAACGUAUUGACAAAAUCUGGCCCAAACUUCGCGUGUUGGCUCGAUCCUCACCAACCGACAAACACACACUGGUUAAAGGCAUCAUCGACAGUACCGUCCUAGAGCAGAGGCAGGUCGUUGCAGUAACAGGCGAUGGAACCAAUGACGGACCAGCUUUGAAGAAGGCUGAUGUGGGCUUUGCCAUGGGUAUUGCGGGGACAGACGUGGCGAAAGAGGCGUCUGACAUCAUCCUCACUGAUGACAACUUCAGCAGCAUUGUCAAGGCGGUGAUGUGGGGACGAAAUGUCUACGACAGCAUCUCCAAGUUCCUGCAGUUCCAGCUCACGGUCAACGUAGUGGCUGUCAUAGUGGCCUUCACCGGGGCAUGCAUCACUCAGGACUCUCCUCUGAAGGCCGUGCAGAUGCUGUGGGUGAAUCUGAUCAUGGACACGUUUGCUUCGCUGGCCCUGGCCACUGAGCCCCCCACUGAGGCCCUGUUGCUACGGAAACCCUAUGGUCGGAACAACCCGCUAAUCUCACUGACCAUGAUGAAGAACAUCCUGGGCCAUGGAGUGUACCAACUGAUCAUCAUCUUCACGCUGCUGUUCAUAGGCGAGCACAUUUUUAACAUCGACAGCGGCCGAAACGCUCCGCUCCACUCCCCUCCCUCUGAGCACUACACCAUCAUCUUCAACACCUUUGUUCUCAUGCAACUUUUCAACGAGAUCAACGCUCGCAAGAUCCAUGGAGAGAGAAAUGUCUUUGACGGCAUAUUUGCCAACCCCAUCUUCUGCUCCAUCGUUCUGGGGACCUUCGCCGUGCAGAUCGUGAUUGUGCAGUGGGGAGGGAAGCCCUUCAGCUGUGCUCCUCUCAACAUGGAGCAGUGGCUGUGGUGUCUGUUCGUGGGAGUUGGAGAGCUGCUUUGGGGGCAGGUGAUCGCCACGGUGCCAACAGAGCGGCUGCCAUGCCUGAAGGAGGCGGGGCUGGGCCUGGAGCCCGGGGAAGAGGAAGGGGAGGAGAUGGCAGAGGAUGAGGAGGAGAUCGACUGUGCUGAGAGAGAGCUGCGCCGCGGACAGAUCCUCUGGUUCAGAGGCCUCAACCGCAUCCAAACCCAGAUGGAGGUAGUGAGCACGUUCAAGCGAAGCGGUUCGUUUCAGGGAGCGGUGAGACGGCGCUCCUCCGUGCUCAGUCAGCUCCACGACAUGCGAGUGGUGAAAGCAUUCCGUAGUUCGCUGUACGAGGGCCGGGAAAAACCGGAAUCCCGCAACUCCAUCCACAACUUCAUGGCCCACCCGGAGUUCCUCAUCAACGACCUCAUCCACAACAUCCCGCUGAUUGACGACACUGACGUGGACGACGAAUCAGAGCUCAGCAGAUACCAGCACCUGCACCCGGCCCUCCGCAAACCGCCACCCCCUCCCACCCAGCCCCAGCCCCCGGCCCGCACUCGCCCCACCCGCCCUUACCGUCAGUACAGCCUCCCGGUGACCCCGUGCAACCGAAACAACAACAACAACAGCAGCAGCAGCAGCAGCAGCAGCAUCAGUUCAACAGUCACCCACAGCAACGAAAACAGCACCAACCAGGACCGGAGCCCUCAUCACCACCUCCGCCACCAACACCACCAUAACCAUCAUGGCAGGGACAGGCCGAUGAAACCCUCUGCUCCACACCUGGCCCAUCUCUACUGCGUGGAGACGUCCUUAUAACUGAGCUGAACGUGGGUUGGUGGGAGAGGAGAAGGGGAAGGGAGUCUUGGGGAGGGGGAAGAAAGGGGAGCGGAAGAGAGGGCUGAGGACACACAUGACAUUUUCAUCCGUCUCCUUUACAACAAGCUAAGAGGAAGGAGCGAAGGACGAGGGAGGUACAGGAGGGAGUGGACAAUGGCUGGAGACUUCUGCUCGCAACUCCCUGAGAACAUUGCGACUUUCCCUCCCUUUGCCCUUGCGCCAGCUCUCUCAGUCAACCCCCACCCUCCCCAACACCACCACCCCCGCCUCCCCCUCCACCCUCGAACCCACCUCCCCGUCUGACAGCCUACCUGAAGAUCCCGCCCACCCCACCCUGCCUGAACCUCACGCACACUUGUCACACAAACGCACAGGUCUGCUCUCGCUGCGUUGUCCUGGGCGACGGUGGGUUGGGGAGGGAGGGGGACGGACAUCCAAAAAACGACACAUCCCUCAACGCUUCAGCAUUAACAGGGCCAUGUCAGGGCCAGAGGCUGACUCACUCUGUUUCUAUUGGUGUUCAUCAAUAGUGUUGUUGUCAUUACCCUCCUACCUACCUGCCAUGGCACCAUAGUCACUACCACCAUUGUUUAUCUGGCUCGAAUCGAAAGCCACUUUUAAGUCACUACUUUGCUUGCGGUAUAAGUAAAACGCUUUGUUAAAUCUUGAACUAGAAUUCAUACAAUUCCGUCCUUUGGUUCAUUUAUUUCUCAACAUGAUGGUGCUCAUUCAUUUCUUUCUUUUUACAUUUCUUUCUGUUCUUUUUUCUCUCUUUGAAAUUUUUACAUGGGACAUAUUUUCUUUUCUUUCAUUCCUCUCUUCUCUUUCAGUGUAUGUAUGUGUAUUGUCUUGUCUCUUCUGGAAAAAAAACUAACAAAAACAUGACAAAAACAGAAAUUGCAAACAAAGAUACUGUUCAUUUAAACCUAAUAGUAAAUAGAAUGGCUGCAAAAAACAACUGAAGGAGGGGGGGAAUACAUAUAUAUAUACUGUAUGUGUAUAUAUAAUUUGAAUGUUUGGGAAGCGACAACACGGAACUCUUCAUGUUCAUCACUGUUCUUUCUCCAGUCCAACCUGCCCAGUCCUUGAAUGCCGCCCCGAGUCCACAUGACCUGUUCUCUGUCCACCCUGCUGAGAUGAUACAGUGUGGGAUCUCACGUUACUUGUGAUGUAUACAUACAUUAGCUCCCUACAGGACGAACAUAAUUUACAGCCUCCUGCCAUGUUGAUAAACUGAUAUGUAUGGGUAAUAUCUAAGGACAUCGCCCUCGGGUGAUGUCCUCUUCCAGCCUCUUAAUUUCUGCUCCGUGUUCCCAUCAUCUUCUCUCUUGCUGUUCCUCAGUCCAUUUUGUUGUUUCCUUUGCUCACUUUGUCUCGUCUCGUCCCUUCUGGUCUUUCAUCGGUGGGCAUGUGUGUGUGUGUGUCAGCUUUUUAUUGGGGGGGGAAAAGCUGAAUGCUUGUGAAGCAUUAACCCUUUAAAUGCCAUCAAACACACAAUGCACAGGCGGUGGCCCUUUAAGACUAACUUGUACUCACUUCAAACCCGCUCCUGCUCACGUGCCAUUGGGUCGUCUCCAUCAUGUACCAGUGCCCGCUCCAUGACUACUGUGGACAAAGAGAUUGUUUGAGAAUUGAUCUGUUGGAUGUUCGGUCCAGUCAUUUUUACAGAGAAGGGAGAAAAAAAAAACACUGUUUGAUGUUGAAAAGCUACCAACCACUGGAGCAAUCAGGCCAAUGUCUAAUGUCAGUGUUCAGUUUUAGCUUUAGGCCCAAAGCCCGCUCAGAUCUAUCAGGUACGACCAAUGAGAGCUUUUGUGUCAUGUCUUUGUGUCAAAUACAGUGCAUUCCCCAUCAUCAUGAUGUACACUUCGUUGAUUGGGAGACCUUAAAGGAGCAGUUUGACAUUUUGGAAAACGUGCUUAUUUCUUGCUGAGAAGAUGGAUACCACUCUCAUGUCUGUACGCUAAAUAUGAGGCUUCAGCCAGCAGCAGGUUAGCUUAGCUUAGCAUAAAGACUGGGGGAAACAGACAUUACACACACUUACAAACUAAAAGUGGGAUUGUUGUGACAGUGGAUUGUGCUGCAUGAAGGCAAUUUCUUUCUUGGCCGGGCUCAGUAACUGGAGUCUUGUCAUUAUAGCACAGCACAUAACCCCAUGUUAAACCAUGUUUUUACACUUUCAUUAAUCUCCCUUAUACGUGUGGAUCGAACUAAUGAGAUCUAAUGUGUUAAUUUGCAAACUUCAAAAAUGCUGGCAGAAGGAUUUUGGUACUUUCGGACAGAGCCAGGCUAGCUGUUUCCCCAUUUGCAGUCUUUAUGUUAAGCUAACCUAGCCGUAUACUGCCCUCACCUUCACACAUACAAGGGAGGUAUGUUCUAAUUGAACUCUCGGCAUGACAGUGAAUGAGCGUAUUUAACUGAAAAUGUUGAACUAGUGCUUUGAGACAUAUCACGGUGAAGCUGUCCAACGUAAAUAUGGCAAAACACGCUGCAUGAGCACAACCCGACAACAACAACAAAAAAUGUAAAAAAAAAAAAAAAAAAAAAAGAAAAAAAAUCACAGAAAACAUUUGCAUAGUCGUGACCAAGGCGUCCGCGGCGUUCGUGACAUCACAUUCCACCGUGACCUCGCCGAAUUACCACCUCAACAUUCCAUGGAACAUAACAUUCCAAACAGCCGCAUCACAUUCCAGACUGGGUGUGAAAGUGCUUUCUGUAUCCCAUGUUGCACUAGGUGUGGGUGAACCGCUGACUUCAUGUUGCCUCGGAGCGUGACCGCAAAGCAACCCCCCCUCCCUCCCGUCCCCUCUCCCCUCAGCUGACUUCCCCUGAGUUGUCAACUGGUCCCACCACCUGAGAAAGGCAAGGGCAGACAAUAUGCAACAGACUGCCAUGUCAACACCUGUACCCAGGCGCAGAAACACAGAUGAUAACACACGCACGCACAGCGAGAGAACAUGUCUGUCCUGCUAGUUGUGUUUGAGGAUGCACGCAGGGCUCUCUGGGAAACACCCUUACCUGUACAGAACUCUGUCUUCUUGAAUGCUCAUCAUCAUCGCCACCACCCUGACCUGACCCGUCGGAGCGGGCGGGUGGUGACAUUGUAUUGGUCUGUCUGUUUUGAAGCAUGCAUUUGGUAUCAUUAAUGUCACUCUUUAUGUGUUGGUAAAUCAUUUAGGCUACUGUGUGCUAUGAUCUCUCCACAUCUGCUCUCUUCCUCUCACACACACACACACACACACACACACACUCAUAUCCUGUUCAGGUCUAACCUAUUCUGUUUCAGCACCUCUUAGCACAGCUCUAUCAAUGCUUUCUGCGCUAUACAAACACACACACACACACCACACACACACACACACACACACACACACACGCAUACAUACACACCGAACAUCAGGUGGAUUAACCUACAGUGGUGUAAAUUUGACUGUCCAGUUCCAGCCAUCUCUGUCCAUCCGUCCAGCCACGUUACAUCAUGAUGUUGUGAGACAGUUUCACAGAAGGCAAAACACAAUGUGAAAAAGAAUAUAUUAUAUUUAUCAAAAUUAUAAAUUGUACAACUGCACCACUACUGUACAGAUCGCCCAAAUGUGCACAUGUGCAUCUUUGAUUUACAGGUACUAUGUUCCUGUUACACAUUUUAUUUUUGAUGUUUCUUUCUUUUAAUCCUAUUGCUUUUUGUAAAGAGAGGAACAACAAAAUGGAAGCGCUUGUAUAUUAUUAAUAUUAUUAUUAUUGUUAUGGUUAUUUUGGAUUUUCUCCACCGGUGCUCCCACUGAUGGAAAAAGACAGUUGCACAUUCUCCUGAGCAUAUUCUGAGGGCUGUGUUUUCUGUCCACUGAACAGCCUCUGAAGUGUGCAGAGGUGUGGAGAUGCUUAUAGUCUCUUAAGACCAGAGACACCACUCUGUAAAUAGAGAACCGGAGAUACAAAUGUACCUCAUUAUGAUCUAAAGGACUGGACAAAGUGGGGACCCAGGGAGAAUGGAGAACUGGAGGGUGAUGCAGAGCUAGAGACUGCAGAAGUGCAAUGCACCCAUGCAUUGUUUAGGCUGCCCUUUUAGAUCUGCUACAAAUAUUUACUGCCAUGUUACGAUGGGAAGAAAUUAAGGUUUUACAUUAUUCAUUAUACAUACAGAUGUAAAUAUUAUGUGUGGAAUGGUCCCCCUUCUUGCACAAUGCAGUGCUGUUCCGCAGACAGAAAAUGCAGCCUUAACUGUGCUGAAAUGAAAAAAGACCAAAAAAAGACAAAAAAUACCAUAAAGACUAUUGAAUAUAUUAAAGAGUUACCUGCCUGUUAUUUAAGCGAAUAAAUAUCUAUAUAUGAGAAAGAACACACCUGUAUACUGUAGACUAAAUCUGUAUGGAAAUCUAAGAGAAUUUAAUGGGAAUUAAGUCCAACACCUUUUGUCUGUAUGAAAGAAAAAAAUACAUCAAAGUAUUCUACAAUAAUAACUUUGACAAAGUC